UUGUGAACUAAUGUGCUCAAUGAACAAGCAUUUUAAAUGUGAUAUGAUCUAUUCGAUUGAUAUUGAUAUUGCUAAUUAAUACAAAACAUGUCAGACAAACGUGUUGCAGGAUUAAAUCCUGCAUCAAUACCUCCUUCAUUGAGAAAAAAAAGUCCUCUACGUUUUUCACGAAGUUCAGUAUUAAAAAUGGUGGCAUUAAUGGAACAAACACAAUCACAAAAUAAUUUCGAUACAGAGAAUUCAGAGACUGAUACAGUAAAUAAAGAUGGUACAACAUCAAAUGGACAAGUCAAUGAUUUUUUAUCAACAGGUCGUACGGGACGACGUAAUGCAUUACCAGACAUACUUAGUGAACAUGCGCAUGUUACUAGUUCUGAUUUACCAGCUAGAUUACAAGCGCUAUCUACAAAAGACUCAAAAAAUGACAAAAAUGAUAAUGUAAAACCAAGUACAAGUAGUUCUGGUAUUUAAUUCAAAAUCUAGUCAAUAUUAUUUAAAACUCUUUUUUUUCGUUUUAAACAUAUUUUAACUUUUAAAAACAUUCAUCAUAGACAUAUAGAAUUGGAUAGCUCAAAAUGGUUGAUGCUAAUGUACAAGCACAACACUAUUUGUUAGAAAUUUUUAAUGUUUUUUUAAGCAGGGUUUAUAUUAGAAAGGUGACAACAUGCAUGUCUAUGACAUUUGAAUGUGAUUGAACAGAAUUAAGAUAUAAAUAAAAGAUGUGAUAUGUUUUUUGCACGCAUUUUUUAACACAUUUUAGUCAAUUAUAGGUUGUUAAUAUUAUAAAGGUCCUAACAUAGCCUACAUUUUAAAUGUCUUGUCUCGAGUCUUAUUUAUUUUUUAGUAUUAAAACGAAGUCAAUUUUACACAAAUUACAAUGAAUUUUACUUAAAACAAACUUGUACUGUAUUUGUAUUUGAUAUACUCUAUUUUAGGAGUUGAGUUGUUGUAUAAUAGAAUUAUAUUAAAUGUGUGUCUAGAUAAUAAUAUUAUGUAGAAUUAAUAACUGUCACAAAAUGGCACAAAUAACUUUUAUUCAACAUUUUAUUAUUUAUUAUUUACACAUUGGACCAGAAAACUUCAUUUCUCUGACUUUGACCAAAAAAUUCUAUUUGAAAUAUUUCUAAAAAUAAUUUAUCAAAUUCUAAUAUUUCUUUGUAAAACGCAAUUAUAUUUAAUUCUAUUUAGAUUUUAGUGAAACUUAAAGGUUCAUGAUAUAAAUUUUAUUGUGAGUGCUUGAAACUGGGCCACAUAGAAGAUCUAUUCAUCAUGUCGGUAGUAAUUACGCGCUCAUUCCAUAAAAACGAUAAUACAAUUUGCCAACUUUUAAAAAUUGAGACAAAUAUCACCGUUUGUUUAAUAAUAAUAGUAAUGAAAUUUUAUCUCCGUUUUUCAGACUCUACGGUCUGUCACAGUGACUAUUCACAUUAUUUAUUAACUUAUUGACAAUAAAUUUUUUCUUGAUUUCAAUGGAGAGGAAGGAAUCAUCUUAGAAUUGAUUGGUUGUACGUUUACAGCUGACUUUUGAUUGGAAUUAGAGACAUAUUCGCCUGAAUAAUUAUUUUACUGAUUUUAUAAUACAUUAUAACCAUUUAGGAAUUUCGUCCCAUGGUGCCUAGACAAAUUUGAUAUACAUACUAAAGGUUGUGUCAAUAAAUAGUUGUAUUAUGACGAAAUAUGCAAUUUAUUACAAACUAUGGCUGCACAAACAGAAUUUUUUCCAACUUUAUCUCAGGUCGAUGUCAUUUUUGAAUUGUUUUCCAUUCAAACUUUCUCUGGCCAUCUAGCGACCAUGUAAAGGCCUUAUUUUUAAAAUCUUAGUUGUGAUUCACCCUUAUUCAUGGCAGGGAAUUAAUCAUUUCGUUAAUUUACACCGUUAAAUAAUUUAUUUGACUAAAUCAACGUUUUUUACUUGGUUAAAUGUUUCACUUUGAUGUGAAAAUUGUUCUUGCUGUGCAGGAUUAAGGAGUUAUGUUAUUAAAUUCGCCCACCAGUUUGAUUAGAUUCCAUUGCCAGCUGUGAUACAUCGCUCUAUGUGCGCCCACGGUAUUUAGAUUCUACAAAGAUGCGAGCAAAUGAAAAGAAAUAAUAAGUGUAAAAUUAUUUUUAGAAGUUUUUUUUCGAUUUUACGUUUUGAAAUAAAUAAAAUAAAGCAUAGCGCCUAAGUAAAACUAGUAAAACAUAAAUUGAAUACAAAACUAUGAUGUGUAGUAAUUUAGUAAUAAUUCUUUUGUAAUUAAGAAUAUUUUAUAUAAAUAUAAUUAGUUUACAUGACAAAUAUAUUUAUCAAAAAG